CAUAUAAGAACAAAACAAUGUUUAGAAGAAACACUUUCCAUCCUAAAUUCCUAAUGAAUUAUCCUCCAUUGUUUCCCUUCAACACACACCUCACAUGAUCCCACCUCCAUCUUUUUUAUAUCACACCCAACUUCUCUUUUCUAAUUACCCAUUUGCACUAACAAACAAGAACAUUACCCAUUAUAAACAACGCCUCUAAAGGGUAUUUCAGUAAAUGCACUCAACUAGACUCCAUCUCUGUAUCACCCGUAUCAACUGUAAUCUAAGGAUAACCUUAGAUCUGCAAAAAAGAAACUCUCUCUCUCUAACUCUUUCUCUCUCUAAAAUCUCUUCUUAAAGUAACUGAAUCCAACGUUUUCUUGCCGGGAUAUUCUGUCUUCCUCGCCGGAAAUGGUUAUUCUUAGCAACCACUGAGGACGGAAAUGGGUGAUGAAGAGUUAGACAGAGAAUCCGAACUGGCGGGAGUACCUACCGGAGCUACCCGUCUCCGGCGAGCUGUGGAACUCAUUUGUUCAUUACUUUCUCUUUCUCUCUCGAUCAGAGUCUUCGCCGGAAAAUGGCAACUGAUUCGGAACAAGCUUGAGGAGCUUCAUUCGGGUUUAGUCUCCGCCGAGAAUUGCGAUUCCGGUGAGAACCCGUCGCUUUCGAGGUUAGUGACUUCGAUAGUUGCGACUGUUAAUGAAUGUCACGAUCUAGGUCAGCGUUGCGUCGAUGUUGCGUAUAGCGGGAAGUUGUUGAUGCAGAGUGAUUUGGACGUUGCGUUUGCGAAGCUUGAUGGUUUAGCGAGGAGGCUUUCGGAGAUAUAUAAAACGGGGAUUUUGACGAAUGGGUUUGCGCUUGUUGUUUCAAAACCGAGUCUUGGUGCUUCUAAAGAGGAUAUGAGGUUUUAUGUGAGAGAUGUUUUGACGAGGAUGAAGAUUGGUGAUUUGGGUAUGAAGAAACAGGCUUUGAGGAAUCUUCUUGAGGUUGUGGUUGAGGAUGAGAAGUAUGUGAAGGUGAUUGUUGUGGAUGUGGGUGAUGUUGUUCAUGUGCUUGUGGGGUUUCUGGGUUCUGGUGAGGUGGAAAUUCAAGAGGAGAGUGCUAAGGUUGUUUCUGUGGUUGCUGGUUUUGAUUCGUAUAAAGGGGUUUUGAUUAGUGCUGGUGUGAUUGCGCCUUUGAUUCGGGUUUUGGAUUGUGGUAGUGAAUUGGGGAAAGUUGCGUCUGCGAGGUGUUUGAUGAAAUUGACGGAGAAUUCGGAUAAUGCUUGGGCUGUUUCUGCUCAUGGUGGUGUUACUGCGUUGUUGAAUAUUUGUGGGAAUGAUGAUUGUAAAGGGGAUUUGGUUGGUCCUGCUUGUGGUGUGUUGAGGAAUCUUGUUGGUGUUGAGGAAGUUAAGAGGUUUAUGGUUGAAGAGGACGCUGUGUCGACGUUUAUAAGGCUUGUGAAAUCGAAGGAGGAAGCUAUUCAGGUGAAUUCAAUUGGAUUCAUUCAGAAUAUUGCCUGUGGAGAUGAGUUGAUUAGGGAAAAGGUGAUUAGAGACGGUGGAAUCCGAGCUUUGUUACGUGUUUUGGAUCCGAAAUGGUCGUAUUCUCUGAAAACGAAGGUAAUAGCAAUGAGGGCUAUUGAAAGUUUGUGUUUUACUUCAUCCAGCUCUGUAAGUAUUUUAAUGAGUUAUGGUUUUGUGGAUCAAUUACUAUAUUAUGUUCGAAACGGCGAAGUUUCAAUUCAAGAGUUGGCAUUAAAAGUGGCAUUUAGAUUAUGUGGAACAUCCGAAGAGGCUAAGAAAGCAAUGGGUGACGCCGGUUUCAUGUCAGAGUUUGUUAAGUUUCUGAACGCAAAAUCAUAUGAAGUUCGCGAAAUGGCAGCCGAAGCACUCUCUGGCAUGGUCAUGGUACCUAGAAACCGGAAGCGAUUCGUGCAGGACGACCAUAACAUAGCCCUGCUUCUGCAAUUGCUUGAUCCAGAAGAGGGAAAUCCAGGUAACAAGAAGUUCUUAAUCUCAAUCUUAAUGUCAUUGACAAGUUGCAAUAGUGGAAGAAAAAAGAUUGUUAGUUCAGGUUACGCCAAAAACAUAGACAAAUUUGCAGAAAUUGAAGUUUCUUCCGAUGCUAAAAAACUUGUCAAGAAACUAUCCGCAAACCGGUUCCGCAGUAUGUUGAAUGGAAUCUGGCACUCAUGAAUGUAGUUCAUUCAUCAAUCAUUUUUCUUUUAUUUUUUAACUGUAUAUUUAAUUUACUCUAGUGUCUUACAAGUUUUGCUAAUUUGUUUAUCCCUCUGGAAUAUGCUUUCUGUUAUAAAUUUCACCGGCCUAGUCCAUGAAAAUAACAGUAGCACACACCAUUAUGUUGAUUGUAAUCAGAUUUAUUUAGUGAUGAUACCAUAAAAGCUUUGUUGUA